GCACGCGCCUCGCUAGUAAAACGAGCGAGCGCGUAAUCCCCCAUGCGCCCGCCCCCCUUUUCCCCGCGCUGCAUUCUGGGAAAGCAAGUUUCUUAUCGUUUGGUAAAGAUGGCAGGCGUGCAGCCGCCACCCCUACGGAGCCUGGAUGAUUUCGUCCUGAGCUCGGCCCGGUUCGCCGUGCCCGACCUGCGUGACCUGGACCGCUGGAACAACCGCAUCAUUAACAACCUGCUGUACUACCAGAGCAAUUAUUUCCUGUCUGCGCUGGGCUUCCUCCUCCUAGUGGCGUAUUUCCAGCCCUUCCAGCUGUUGGUGGGGGCGAUGGUGGUCACCUUGUUGUUCCUUGGCUUUGUCUGGGCUGCUGAGAACCAAGCUCCAAUUCGCCGUUUCCGUAGAAACCACCCAGCGGCCUGUGUGUUGGCCAUUCUUUUGGUCAGCUACUUGUUGCUGUCAGUAGUGGGUGGCGUGGCCGUGUUCCUGUUCGGGAUAGCCUUCCCUAUACUGAUGGUUCUCGUCCACGCAUCGGUGAGACUUCGCAGCCUGAAGAACAAACUGGAGAACAAACUGGAGAGCAUUGGUCUGAAGAGGACACCCAUGGGACUCCUGUUAGAGGCCCUGGGACAGGAACAGGAGGCUGGUUCCUAGAGAGGAAAAAGAAGACUAGGAGGAGGAGGAAGAGGAGGUGUGCAGAAUAUGGUUGAAGGUGAAGAAAUGGAUGAGAGCAUUACUGCAGGGAAAGAGGAAGAAUUAUCAGAAUCAUUGGACAUGGGGGUUUGGGUUGUUUAAAAAGUAUUCAGAAGUCAGCAGUGAAGGAAAUGACAGAUUCUCUGGUCCAAUAGGAAACAGGCAGAUAACAAACAUACAUAGAAAUCAUCAUAACGAAUCAUCCCUGAUCUGUUUUUGCCAAACUUGCACUUUAAGCACGCAUUGUUUUGUUUGAUUUAUUUUGACAUGAUUUGUAGUAGCCAUACAUGUGUGGAGUGUUUUCCGCUUUCUGUUGAGCAUAUUCGCAUUUGAAUUAUUGUGUGUCUUUAUAUUAACUUGCAGUCUGCCUGUGUAAAUGAUUUAUACUCCACCCAGCACUUUUUAUCUAAAUAUUGAUCUGUGCUCCGUCUGCAUACAGUUGAAAUUAUGUGAGAAAAAGUUGAAGCAUAAAAAAAAAACUGAGUAAUCAUUGAAUGAGAAAGGUUCAAUAUUUUGAGCAUAAAGUUGCAAAGCUCAGUGACCAAAUGCCUACAUAUUACUUUUUAACAAUAUACAUAAUGUGUAUGUACUAUGUUUUGAAUUUAGGUGAUUUAAAUGCUUAAAUGAGGUGAAGUUAAAAGGAAAUCAGAGGUUUUAUAUGAAGAGCAAAGAACAAAUCUAAUCCGUUCCUUCUAAUAUACACACAAAUUCUUAAUGAAAGAUCUUUGUUCAGUUUAGAAGAGUCAAUACAGAAUGAACAGGAGCAGAAGUGAUGAACUGGUGCCAAAUCCCUGUUUUUAAACUAAUCCUUAAAGUUGCGGCAUUUCUCAGCAUGUAUGUAUUUAGAAUAACUACCUUCACCCACAGAGAUGCCCAUUACAGUCCUCCACUGCUGGUCCAAAGGCUCAGUCUUCAAGCGUUGGCUGUUGGUAGCAGCGCCACUGGAACAAAUGAAUAACUAAACUUAAUUCCUUUAUAACUGAAAUCCUUGUUCCCACGAAUAAGUACUAACCACUCGGGUUUGUUGGUUGUGGUGCCAACACUUGUGGCCGCUGUAUUUUUGCAAAUUCCUCCUUGUAAUUUUCUCUUUUUUUAGGGCGUGCUAGCGGAGUGACUCUAAGAAGGCAAAAUGUUGGUGUUUGGUUUGGUGAUCUCCUGACUUUUCAUCUAGCAUCACAGGGUCAACAUUUCAUUUUGUCCAAUACUUGGGUUUAUGGCAAAAUAUCUCCAAAAUUAAUGACAUUCCCAUUAGCUUUAGCUGUUCUUUUUUAUUAAUGCUUAGCAAGUUAGUAAGUGUUAAUGUGCUAAUUCACAAAACUAAGAGGGUGAAUAUGGAAAUUAUUAGACACACUGGCAUUUAGCAUUUAGCUCAAAUUACAGUUUCACAGAGUAAGGUAUGUGUAGCACUGGUUUAUGACAAAAUACUUUAAAAUAUUUUUAAACUAUAGACAUUCCCAUUAGCCUCAGCUGUACUUUGUUUUUAGCACUUAUUAGCAAAUGCUAGCAUGCUAACACACAAAACUAAGAGGGUGAAUAUGGAAAUUAUUAGAAACACUAGCUUGUAGCAUUUAGCUAAAAAAAAAAAAACUCUAAAAAGCCAAAGUACAGCCUUGCAUAGUUAGGUAUGUUUAGCACCAUCAUCAGGUAAUAAUUUGUCAGUACUUUGGUUUGUAACAAAAUACUUUAAAAUAUUUUUUGAAACUAAUGGCAUUCCCAUCAAUCUCAGCUGCACCUUGUGUCUAAUGCUAAUUAACAAACGUUAGUAUGCUAACACGCUUAACUGAGAUGGUGAACAUAGUUUCCAUUUGUUUACCAUAACAUCAGCCUGUUGCCGUUGUAAUUGUGAACAUGUUAGCAUGUUGAUAUUAGCAUUCAGCAUGCGCUGUUCUAAUUAUAGGCUCACAGAGUUAACAUGGCUCUAGACUCAUAGUUAUUUAUUAAUUAUUAUGAAUCCAUCAUACACAGUAUCUAAGUCCAGAAUGACCACCAACCAAAGCCCAUGUCCCCACUUCCAUUCCAUAAAUAUUAAUUUAUUAGAUUGUUCAGACCCUGCAGUAUGAAACAGCUAGCCCAGCAUUGCUUCAUGGUAUUACAGAUGGUUCCCUGUUUUGGAGAAAUGAUGUAGGACUAUUGUCUGAAGGAAAAUGAAUUAAAGGCACUCCUGUGAAACAUUUUAGAAAGCACUAACUAUGAAGGAAAGGUAUUUCAGCAGUUUUAUAGCAAAUUAUUUUGUAUGAGAAAAGCUGACAGUGAAGGUAUUUGAAUAAUUUAUUGUAUUGAUUUGUUCAGAAAAGUGUUCUCAACAUGUGUAGGUGGUGAAUGUUGAAAUUCCCAGCCUGUUGUUAAAAAGCUGUUUUUUCUCUCUGUAUUAUUUUCAUUCCCUGAAUAUUUUCACAGAUUCCUCCUGACCGCUGUUUUAAUCCAAGUUUGUAAAACUUGGCUGCAAAAAUAUUUCCUCCACUGUGACGUGCCAUUCUGUUCAAAUGCGGAGAAUGCCAAUUUUUGUGUUUGUUUGAAUUUUUCAUUAUUAAUCAUAUGGUUUACUAUUGCCCUGAAGAAACAAACUGCUCGAAAUGGACUGUGUAUGUGCCAUUGUACUUUUGAUAUUUGCCUUGUACAAUUAUGUUUUAGACAGUUAAUUGACAUUAUAAGCCUCAUGACAGUUGUUCAAGGACUCUUCAGCAGGAAACAUGAACAUGUGAGUCUUCUUUAACAUGUCUUCUCUACUCACUUGAGCAGCUUGCCCUACCACUGGUGGUUUGUCUCGACCUCCUAACCCUGCAUCCACACAAGUCAGGUUAACAACACUAUAUGUAAGCAGAAAUAAAUGCCUCAUGGUGUAAUCUG